AUGGCGGAGAAUAAGGAUAAGAAAAUCAAAAAGCCGAAGAAAGGCCAAAACAUAGAUGAACAUGGUUGUAUCAUAAUACCUCCACCAAAGACAGUGGGAAACAAAGAUCAUUUCCAAAGAUUAAAUUACCUUUAUCAAUUAGGAAUGUUUAAUACCCUAGAAAAUGAAUCUUCAAUAAGUAUGAUACUAUCCAAAAAAUACAUGCAUAACCUUGACAUAAUUAGUAAAAAGACCAAGAGUAAUAUGUUACCAAAUACAAAGAGAACGAUAUGCAAAAGAUGUAAACGUAUCUUAAUACCGUCUAAGACUUGCACAUAUAAAAUGGAGAAUAAACAAAACAAACACAAAGAAAUGAAUCCAAAGGAUGAAACGUUUGUAAUAACUUGCAAGUGUGGGGAAAUUAAGAGAUUUAGAAUUGGACUUGAUAGGAAUUACAAAAAUUUUUAUGAGAAAGAAGGAACUUUAUCAGAAGUAACUGGAAAAAAAGAUAUAUUCAAAUCUAAAUAG